CCUGUGGCUCCGCCCGCUCGUUCUUUCUCUCUGGCGAGGCCGCCAUGCUGCAGCUGUCCUGAACCGGGACUUUUCCGCUUGAGCUCCCGCCGCAGUCUCCACCGCCGCCAUGCCGGCUUACUUCCAGCGCCCAGAGAAUGCCCUGAAGAGGGCGAACGAAUUCCUUGAAGUUGGGAAGAAGCAGCCGGCUCUGGACGUUUUAUAUGACGUGAUAAAGAGUAAGAAGCAUCGAACAUGGCAGAAAAUCCACGAGCCUAUAAUGCUGAAGUACCUGGAGCUGUGCGUGGACCUGCGCAAGAGCCACCUGGCCAAGGAAGGCCUGUACCAGUACAAGAACAUCUGCCAGCAGGUUAACAUCAAGUCUUUGGAAGAUGUGGUCCGAGCCUAUUUGAAGCUGGCCGAAGAGAGGACUGAGUCAGCCAAGGAGUCUUCACAGCAGAUGGUUCUGGAUAUAGAAGACCUGGACAACAUCCAGACCCCAGAGAGUGUUCUUCUGAGCGCUGUUAGUGGAGAGGACACUCAGGACCGCACUGACCGUCUGCUGCUGACUCCAUGGGUGAAGUUCCUGUGGGAAUCCUACAGACAGUGCCUGGAUCUGCUGAGGAAUAACUCCAAGGUGGAGCGUCUGUAUCAUGACAUCGCUCAGCAAGCUUUUAAGUUCUGCCUGCUGUACACCAGGAAGGCCGAGUUCCGGAAGCUGUGUGAUAAUCUGCGGAUGCACCUGGGUCAGAUCCAGCGGCACCACAAUCAGAGCACAGCCAUCAACCUGAACAACCCCGAGAGUCAGUCCAUGCACCUGGAGACGCGGCUUGUCCAGCUGGACAGCGCCAUCAGCAUGGAGCUCUGGCAGGAGGCCUUUAAAGCUGUUGAGGACAUUCAUGGACUCUUCGCCUUAUCCAAGAAACCGCCAAAGCCUCAGCUGAUGGCAAACUACUACAAUAAGGUGUCCACCGUCUUCUGGAAGUCAGGAAACGCACUCUUCCAUGCCUCCACCCUGCAUCGGCUCUACCAUCUGUCUAGGGAGAUGCGGAAGAACCUGACCCAGGAGGAGAUGCAGAGGAUGUCGACCAGGGUCCUGCUGGCCACUCUGUCCAUACCCAUAACUCCUGAGCGCACGGACAUUGCUCGCCUGCUAGAUAUGGAUGGCAUCAUUGUGGAGAAGCAGAGGCGUCUGGCCACCCUUCUGGGACUUCAAUCUCCUCCAAACCGCAUUGGCCUCAUCAGUGAUAUGGUUCGGUUUAAUGUUCUUCAGUAUGUGGUCCCAGAGGUGAAGGAGCUGUACAACUGGUUGGAAGUGGAUUACCAUCCCCUGAAGCUCUCUGCCCGAGUCACUAAGGUUUUGGACUGGAUAAAAGAGCAAGCAGAGAAGGAGCCUGAGCUUCAGCAGUACGUGCUACAGCUUCAGAACAACACAAUCUUGCGUCUGCUGCAACAGGUGGCUCAGAUCUAUCAGAGCAUCGAGUUCUCACGCCUCACAUCGCUGGUACCUUUUGUCGAUGGGUUUCUGCUGGAGAGGGCCAUAGUGGAUGCUGCCCGUCACUGUGAUCUGCAGGUCCGUAUUGACCAUUCCACCAGAACGCUAAGUUUUGGCUCAGACCUGAAUUAUUCUACGCGGGAGGAUGCACCAGUUGGACCUUUCCUUCAGAACAUGCCCUCGGAGCAUAUCCGGAACCAGUUGACUGCCAUGUCGUCUGUUCUGUCCAAGGCGGUGGCUACCAUUAAGCCGGCUCAUAUCCUGCGAGAGAAGGAAGAGCAGCAGCAGAUUGCCAUCACCUCCUACUUGAAGAACUCGAGGAAAGAACAUCAGCGCAUCCUGGCGCGUCGUCAAACCAUUGAAGAGAGGAAGGAACGCCUUGAGAAUCUGAAUAUCCAGAGAGAGAAGGAGGAGUUGGAGCAGCGAGAAGCUGAACUCCAGAAAGUACGGAAGGCAGAGGAGGAACGUCUGCGUCAAGAGGCCAAAGAGCGAGAGAAGGAGCGUAUCCUUCAGGAACAUGAACAGAUCAAGAAGAAGACUGUGCGGGAGAGGCUGGAACAGAUCAAGAAGACAGAGUUGGGAGCCAAAGCCUUCAAGGACAUCGACAUUGAGAACCUGGAGGAGCUGGAUCCAGACUUCAUCAUGGCCAAACAGGUGGAACAGCUGGAGAAGGAGAAGAAGGAGCUGCAGGAGCGUUUGAAGAAUCAGGAGAAGAAGAUUGACUAUUUUGAGAGAGCAAAACGUCUGGAAGAAAUCCCCCUCAUUAAGAAAGCUUAUGAAGAGCAAAGGAUCAUGGAUAUGGAGCUGUGGGAGCAGCAGGAGGCUGAGCGGAUUAACACUCUGAUGUUGGAGAGGGAGAAGGCUGUGGAGCACAAGAACAGGAUGUCCAGGAUGCUGGAGGAUCGAGACUCCUUUGUGUCUAAGCUGAAGUCCGCCCGCCUCUCUGUCUAUGAGGAGAAACUCAAGCAGUUCCAGGACAGACUAUCGGAGGAAAGGAAGGCGCGUCUGGAGGAGCGUAAGAGGCAGCGCAAGGAGGAACGCCGCAUUUCUUACUACACGAGUAAGGAGGAGGAGGAGCAGAGGAUUCAGGAGGAGCAGAUAAAGAAAGAGCGAGAGGAACGAGAGCGGAUUGAGAAUGAAAAGAGAGAAGCUGAGCAGAAAGAAUACCAGGAACGCGUCAGGAAGCUUGAAGAACAAGAACGCAAGAAACGCCAAAGAGAGCUGGAGAUCGAAGAGAGGGAAAAGAGGCGAGAUGAGGAGCGGGAUCCCUUAAGAAAGGAUUCCAGUCGCUGGGCCGAUAGGGAGCCUGAAAGUGUCUGGAGGCGAGCAGGAGAGACCGACGAGCGCGUCAAGCCAUUGGAAAGGGAAUGGCGGAGAGGACAGGACACUGAGAGAUCGGCAAAACCAGAGGUCGAAGAUAAUGCACCUCCCCUUGAUGAAGGCCCUCGUUUCAAGAAGGAUGCUGACGUUCGUUUGGAUGAGGCCAAAGGGCGCUUUGAGGAGGAUCGUGUACCUCCUCGACGUGGGCUAAAUGAUGAACUAAGACCAAAGCGAGAUCUAGAAGAGGACAAAAGUACAUGGAGAGGCUUAGAUGAUGACCGUGGCCCUAGAAGAGGCUUGGAUGAUGACAGUGGCCCUAGAAGAGGCUUGGAUGAUGACCGUGGCCCUAGAAGAGGCUUAGAUGAUGACCGUGGCCCUAGAAGAGGCUUUGAUGAUGACAGUGGCCCUAAAAGAGGCUUUGAUGAUGACCGUGGCCCGAGAAGAGGCUUUGAUGAUGACCGUAGCUUGAGAAGAGGCUUUGAUGAUGACCGUGGCCCGAGAAGAGGCUUUGAUGAUGACCGUGGCCCGAGAAGAGGCUUUGAUGAUGACCGUGGCCCAAGAAGAGGCUUUGAUGAUGACCGUGGCCCGAGAAGAGGCUUUGAUGAUGACCGUGGCCCGAGAAGAGGCUUUGAUGAUGACCGUGGCCCAAGAAGAGGCUUUGAUGAUGACCGUGGCCCGAGAAGAGGCUUUGACGAGGACAGGGCUCCCAGGCGCGGCUUUGACGAGGACAGGGCUCCCAGGCGCGGCUUUGACGAGGGACCCCGGAGAGGUUUUGAUGAUGAUCGUGGGCCUCGCCGUGGUUUUGAGGAUGGCCCAAGAAGGGGCUUUGAUGAGGAACGGACACCACGUAGAGCAUUGGACGAAGACCGUAGUUCAUGGAGAAGUGGUGAAGAAGAUAGAAGUUCCAAGAGAGUUGCGGAUGAAGACAAAGGUCCUAGGCGUGGCGAUGAUGAUGAAGAUGAUCAAACGAGCUGGAAACCUUAUGGGUCGAGUCGUCCAGGGGGAUGGCGUGAACGUGAGAAAGCUCGGGAAGACAGCUGGGGGCCUCCUCGGGAGUCCAAGCCUUCUGAAGACCGUGAGCGAGAACCAGACUCUGAGCGUCGGCUACCUCGAGAGGACUCGGCCUGGAGGCGUGGAGGAGAAGCUGGACUCUCAGCUAAGAAAGUCUCUCCAGAUGAUGACGACAAGGAUGACCGAAGGCGUCCUUUAAGAACAGAGCGCGAUGAGCCGAGUCAGUGGAGAAGAGGAGAAGAUAAAGAGGAACGUGGCACACCCCUCCGAGCGCCCCCUGCUACAGACAAAGAGAAAAGUUUAUGGCGCACAGAAAAGAAAGAAGACAAAGAUGCCCCUCGUCGUACAAAGCUUGAGAUUGAUGAUGACGGGUGGACAACCGUGCGCCGCUAGGGCCGUGGAACCACAACUUGCUGCAUUGUGGCUCUUCAACAAUUGCACAAAGAAGAAAGAAGCCUCGGCUGGUCAGUGAGGUGGGAACUGCCCCGUGGUUCUUGGCUUCCAUCAUGUUAAUGGAGUGCCACCUUUACCCCAGGAGGUUGUGUGCUCUGCUUCUCCAUCUUGUCUGCAGGAUUGUAAAGUCUUUACAUGAUCUCCAGAACUCUACUUUCUCUGAUUUUAGCCUUCUCUCUGAGUCCUUUGUUGGCUUGUGUCACAUUGAUGUUCAAUUUCAUGUCAUUUGGCCAACACAGGGUUUAGUGCUGCUUACCCAAAAGAAAUAAAACCUGCAACAAUU